GAAACGUUCGAACUUUGUAAAUAAAAUGUUUUAUGUUUUAUCAACCGUCUUCAUUUUCAUUUCUCUUGAAACUUCUGUGGGAACAAUUGCCCUUGCAUUGAACAGACUGAGAAUCAUCUGUCAUACGUUACAACAUUCAAUGAUUCUAUUUAAAUAGUCCUGAAAUUUGCUGGCAGCCAGAGGGAAGGUCGCGGGAUGAGCUACGUACUGUCAUGUCGUCAAUAGGGUCUGGGAUAAGUCGUUAACAAACAAGAAACUUAUUACUGAUUCUUGAGAAGCCAUUGAAAGCUAAAGGUUGAGGCUGUGACUGAUUGUUGUCGAACGAUUAGUUUGUAAACCUGGGAUCCAUUUUAAACCAGGAGUAUUAUACUUGCUACGUUUGUAUCCAAGCCCGUUAGGCCUAAACCAGGAUUAUUAUAUUUGCUACGUUUGUAUCUAAGCCCAUUAGGCCUAAACCAGGAAUGUUAUACUUGCUACGUUUGUAUCCAAGCCCGUUAGGCCACUCCGUGUCGAAGGCAAUUGACUGAGAUUAUUCUUUGCAACAGGUUUUAUUCUCAAACACAGACGAGGAAUGGAGGAGUGGGUUACGACACGCCUACUAAGAGAUGCCCGGAUGCACACCUUCUAUGGGUUAAACUGUGGUACAAGUUACGAAUUCUCCAUACUGGCCUAUAAUGACGUGGGACAAAGUCUACCCAGUAACGCUGCUGAAGCGAAGACCAAAGGUGCAGCCCCAUCUUCUCCUUCCCAGCAUGCCUUUAUACGUAUCAACGUAACGUCGGUAACAUUACAUUUCACAGAGUGGGACAGUGGCAGCUGUCCAGUAUCAUUCUUUGUGGUCAAAUACAAACCGGAAAUCACUCAGGACUGGACAAUUAUCAACGACCGUAUCUUUCCACGGCAACCGACCUAUAAAAUAAACAAUCUAACUCCGGCCACCUGGUAUGAGCUUCGUGUACGAGCUCAAAACGACGCAGGUUCAACUGAGGCCGACUACAGUUUUGUUACUCUUCCUGUACCAGGUCAGCCUUCCUCUACUGUAAGGUUCAGCUCUGUCCCCUUCUAUACCAACCUGUCCAUCAUAGUUCCUCUGGCUGUCACCUGUGUUAUCUUAGUUACUGUCGUUGUCGUUGUGUGUAGUGUCACCUGCAGGAGGCACGGGAGAAGACAUCACCGGGAAAACACCAUAAGGAUGCAGAAGGAGGUAACUUCUGAAUCUGUUCCUAUGACCGAGGUAGAGAGUAAGCCAGAACCAACCUACCACACAGCUAAAGAGGACCCAUACUACCCUUCUCCCUACGCCACCAGUAGAAUACCUGUGUGUGAGGAACGGAGCAGUGGAGGCAGCAGUACCGAAGGGCACUCUCUAUCGGACAGCAAGAGAAUUUAUGAUAUUCCUUUUGUUGUGAGACAGGUUAGAAUGAAAGGUUAAAAAAAACAACAAGUG